AUGACGACCUUUCUUGAACCCCCCAACGAGGAAGCCAACAUGCUUUUACCCACUGUCAUUGAUAGUAGAGCUCGUCUUGAGCCGGACCGGCUCUUCUGUGUUCUCAUCAAUCCAGACAAGAAGGCUGGGAUCACUACUAGCAUGAUUGAAGAGACUCUUGGAAAGAGUUUAGGUUUAGAUACAUUGGGAUACUUGGGUCCUCCAGAUAUUCGGUACACAAUUGUAGCCAUACCUGCUGCGAAAACCAAUCAAAAGGCUCUCUUGAUUUCCGUUAAAAACUCAGACGAAGCACAGCUCAAACUACUCGAUACUACAGAGUGUAGGGUUCUCCUAGCUGCGACAGAUCUUCCUGCCAUCAGUACCUCCUUUAACAUGCUGUCAAUCAAAGGUAAUCUGCGAAUCAUUCCCUUUGAGGGGGUUGAACAUUGGAUUGGGCAGUCGAAAGUCCCAGAAUAUCCAUUCCUUGCUACUUUGAAAAGUGAACCAAAUUGA